GUGACGCCGCGCGCCGCCCUCCGCCGCGAGCCCGAGCUUCCCGCCGCGGCCGAGCAGGGAGAGCAUGUCGCGCGCGCUGCGCACCGUGCAGCUGUCCGCCGCGUCGCUCGCGCUCGUCCUCGCCAGGUCCGACGGGGACCUCGCCGCGCGCGGAGCCGAGACGACGAGCGGCCAGGACGUGUUCGAGGACUUUAAAUCGCAAAACCUUCGUAGCUUCUGGAACAAGAGGCUCGUGAAGGCGGUGGCGGCCGUUUUCUUUCAAGGAUGGAUGGAGAACUUGGUUCUGCUCGUGCGCGGCGACGGCGGCCAUCUGGAGGUGCUCAGGGAAGCGUGGAUGCGCCGCGCGCUCCGCGCUCCCAGGGGGUUCGUCAUCAGAGCCGUGGGUGACCUCACCCCAAUGCAGAUGAGUCCCAUCCCACAGUCUCAGUUCAUACCCCUCUCAGAGGUACUGUGUUCAGUGAUAUCUGACAUGAACGCAGCUCAUGUUACCGUCAAUCAGGAAGCACUAAUCAACCACAUGGCCAAGGCUCACCCAGGAAUAACCAUUCCCACCCAGGACAUUCUGUACACCACACUGGGCUCCCUAAUAAAGGAAAGGAAAAUUUACCACACUGGUGAGGGAUACUUUGUUGUUACCCCUCAAACGUACUUCAUCACCAACAGUGUGGCCAAGGACAAGUAUCGAUGGCCAACGGCUGAGGACGAUCCCCUGUCACCCCCUCCCAUUACCUAUCUAGUGAGCAACGAGAGCUGCAUGGACACCACCACUGAAGCACUGGCCAUUGCCCACUGCAGGUCCUGCAGCUGCUUUGCUCCUCGCCCAACCCCAUCUGUUCAGGGCCAUCAGUCCAUCAGUGAAUGCACUGGCCGGAGCUUGAAGUGGCCCUGUGACACCAAGCCCUCUGUCCAGCACCAGUCUACCUCUACAGCUGUUGACUACCAGCCAAGUGAGAUAAGCAAGUCUACCACCAGUCGCAAGGAAAAGGACAAGCCUGGUCGCAAAUUCACCCUCAGUCUUUUCCGUCGGAAUGGAGGGAAGAAGGAGAAGCCCAAGAAAGAAUAUGCAACCUUCUCUGGACAGUUUCCUCCUGAGGAAUGGCCUGUACGAGAUGAGGACAACCUUAACAACCUACCCAGAGAUCUGGAGCAUGCUAUCAUCAAGCGCAUUAACCCUGAGCUAACAGUGGACAACCUGGUACGGCACACUGUGAUGAUGAAGAAACUGGAGGAGCGAGGAGCAGACAGGGGUGUGGACAAAGGAAUGUCUACAGAGAUCGUAGAGUACAAGCAGCGGCAUCAUUCCAAAGUCAGUAAGAGGUCAGCCUCCAAACCCACUCGCAGCAAGAGAAGAGGACAUCCUUCUAGAGACAACCCAAGAAUUAAGAGCGGUGCUAUACAAUGUUCUGUUGACCCUGAGGCAGACAACCUUACACACUCCUGUCUUAGGCAUGAUGCAGUUGUUGAUGACCGUUAUUCUGAAGCCUGUGCUACUAAAGGUUCCAAAGAUAUAUACAAGAAAAGGAUUGAUAAUCCAUUCCAUGGGCGGAUAGCAAGAGACGGUGUGCUGAGGUCAAGCCACAGAGGUCAUAAAAAGAAAGAGGGCACGGGGCAAGUUUCAGACCAGCGACAAUAUGUGGGCCAUAGGUCAAAGUCCUGGGAUCCCUGUCGGGAAAAAGCAGUUGUCAAGGAGACAGGGAGAUCGUUGACUGUUGGACAGGGAUCAUGUGAAGGCCUCGAUGAGAGAGAACUCAACUUCAACUCGAGCCUGAAUGGUAAAAACCUGAAAGGCUGCUUGGGGGACAGUCGUGGAUAUCCUGAUAGUAGCACGCUAAGAAUAGAAGACAAAGUCAAACACCUGAAAGAAGAGAAAGCUAGGAGUAAGACCUUCUGUAAGGAGAGAACAGAAGAUGGAAAUGAGAUGACCCAGGUGGAUGUACCAGACAACAGGAUUAUAGUAGGCCAGACAAGUGAGGUGGAAUCAUCUGUGUCUCGCAUUAGCAACAACUAUGAUGGCCCCACGGUCUCUCUGUCUUUGCCCAGAGUCGAUGUACAGCGUAGACUCUCCGUCCAACAACUGGACUCUUCAGUGGAGGACUCUCAUAGGCCAGACAAUCUGUCCACACGCACAACUGAGAGCAGCUUCCAGCUACCGGAGCACGGCUUAUGGGAGAGUGACGGUUUCGCCGAUGACCACACGUUCUACCAAAGGCCAGUGGAAGAUGAUGCCUGCAGCUCUCUCUGCCUCCAUGAGGACUCCAUGACCGACUGCAGUGUUGUCUUUCAGCCUGGUGUUGCCAAAUGCCAAACAUCUCGCUCUGUCACGGGCGAUUGGGAUAACGUUUCAGCAGAUGGGAACUCGGGUGGUGGACAGCAGGAGUCUGUGCUGGUGAUGAAACAGGAAAGUUCCACGUGGCACCAAUCCAGUGUUGUUGAUGUUAGUCUGUUGACGCAGUCACAGGGUGAAAGUGGUGUCGCGCAGGUGCCACACCUGCUGAGCAGCGAACCACUUGCUUCUAACCCGAGUCAGGCGGGCCGAGCGGAUUCAGCAAGAGAGGGGCUGCACGUGGCUUCUGGGACAGACAGCUGUACGCUCACCAGCUGGGUUCGCAGCCAGGGUGUGGAAGAGAGCCUCCGAGGGCUGCCUGAAGAGCUGAGUGGAGGGCACAAGCCUAGCCAGGAGGUCCCUGGGGCAGCUGGCACUAGAGAAACAGUGGAGAACCACAGCAGCACAGGGGACAGUGGGAUUGACUCCCCCAGGACUCAGGCCAGUCUGAUGUCCAGUGGCUCAGAGGUUUUAGUGGGCCUCAGACGACGGCAUUUCCUUCAGAACCUUAAGCAGCUCCACCCCCAGGGCGGCGUGUUGCACCCUCAGGGUUCGCUCCUACGGCUCACACCAGUUAUGAACGAUAGACUCCAGACCACCAUGACGACUUGAACGAGCAGUCAAUGAUCAUUAGUGAGUACAUGUGAACUCUGUGACUGCAAAGUCCCUGCAACAUUGUCUGAAAGCAUGUAUAUAUUUACUGUGUACACCACUUACAUAUGUAAUUAUGGUAUUUUGUUUGUUGCCAUCACUUUUGUACAUUAGAAAAGCAAACCUU